AUGACAAAUGCAUAUCUACGAACAACGCCCGAGGAGUUGACGUUAUUCCUAGACGACGUGAAAAAAAAUGUGACAUCCGAUGAGGAUACCGAUUUUAAAAAACUCCUACUAUACCUCUAUGGCUUUGCGAAUGCCAAGUUAGAGGCUCUACGGUCAGAGAAGACCUCUGGUGGCCCAUCUCACACGAUGAACCUACUGCUAAGGCUAGUGGACACCAUUGCAUUGGUACUCUCCAAAAAGAAGCACCUACUCAAUGCUGAAAUCACACCAGAUGAAGUAUCACUGGUUCUCCUAGAUACCAAGACGGUACCUGUUCCCUUCGGUAUUCAGAAUGUCUACGAAUGGGGCAUACAUUUUUCCAUGAGCUGGCUACUGCAAUUCUCAAACAAUAUGGAUGUCACGAACAUAAUAAAGCUGCUUCUUAUCGGCCUCAUCAACAGUGUCACUGUUCAUGUUAAUGGGUUCAAAUACGCCAGACAAGUUCAAGUGGCCUUGAUGCGGAUUCUCAAGGAAAAUGUCUCCACGCUCUUCAAUGGAGUAAACCUAUUGAGGAGUCAGAUAAACACUUUGAACGCUACUGUGCAUUUGUUAAGUAUAGUUAACGACUAUGACGUCCAACGAAAGCUUCUACUCACAUCCAACGCGACCAAACUUGAGCUUGAAGGAUUCACGAAACGCGUAUGUUUUGUGCUUGAUGCACUCAAUUUCCAUGACAAAGACGAUGACCUUAUUCCUUUGGCUGAUAAUCUCAAAAGUGUACUACUAUUGGGCAUAACAAGUAACCUUCUAUUGGAUGAGAGCCUUAAAUGGUCACAAGUUACCUUCCUUAUGACCUGGAUCCACAAGCAUCUUGAAAGUUUUAGAAAGAACGGAAAGAUAGCGUUCCAAUUUAAGCAUUUCAACAAGGCCUUGUGCUCAUCUGUCAUGAGGAUUUACGUCUUUUGCCGUCGGAAAAGCUUACUCCAUAACUUUUUCAGCACCUUUGAUAUUACCGUCUUCGAAGAGCAGCACACGGUGAACAAUAUCGAGGAAAUAUUAUCAGCUUCCCGAUUCCCACCGUCGAUAAAGAAGAUGUCCCAUUUGCUUUUGCAUCAACAGUCAGUCAUCACUCAAGUGCCACUUCCGCCGAACGCAGCGCUUCUAGCAUCCCUUCCAUUUGUCGACGCCGAGCUCGACAACCUUAGAACACAGAUCCUAGAUGAAGACCGAGCUGAUAUAAAUAAAGCUCUCUACUUCAUUACAGAUCCACAAACGUCUUUCAAAAGAUAUCUCCAAUCACACAGCCAAGAUAGUCAACCUAAUAUGAAGCAUUGGCUCGAUUACGUUACAUCACUCGCUCAAAUGACGAAAAUUCAGUCUGAGAGGCUGCCAUUAAGUGAAAAUUCAUCAUUGCUUACCUUCAUCAAUGCUCUUGGAAAAGCUUUUGCGAUUCUUUCUGAAAAUUUCAGCUACAAGAAUUGUGAAUCGAUUGCCUUUACGAAGCUUUGUUCCCGAAACCUAUACAGCGAUAUUUCGCCAGAUCGACCUUCACUCGCGGAUGUGUUAAAUGUUGAUAUCAUUUAUCGAGAAAUCAUUUGCGACUUACUUCUCGACAUCGAAAGAAAGGCGAUCAUGGAGGAUUCUUCCUUGCUUGUGGGUUUUUUACUUAUCUUGUUUGACCUCUUCGCGUUAUUCAAACCAUUGACGAAAGACAUCGAGCAAGAGCCAUGCCACAUAUUCCUCCUUGAAUGCGUCACCACAAAAUCUACCUUAAUGGCGCUCAGUGAGUUGGCCAUCGUCUGUGAGGGUGAAUGGUUAUGUGUCAUCUUCAUCAAGAUGAUUGACUGUUUUGGUGAAGUAAAUGAGCAACACGUCAAUCUCGCUUACAACUCACUUCUUUACGUCGCAACGGCGAAAUCCUUGACUCCCUAUAAGCUUCUUUCUCCAUACUUACCGAGUAUCGCCGAGAGAAUUGUGAAAAAGCCUAGAAUGUUUUCGAGAAUUACUGGAAUAUUAGGAAUAUCCAAAAGGUUCUUUUUAAACCAAACAAGAGACUAUACAACUCCACGACUUCUUGAAUACUACAAGUAUGAUUUUGUACAAGAAAUUGCUGAUGCCUGCAACAUGGAUAAGACAAAAUUGGUUGCCAAAACACUUCCAAGGAUCAUGGCAACCUACCUUUGCAAAGACGAAGUCAUCAAUUCAGAAUACAUUGUCAAUGUUUUGAGCAAUGCAAGUCCACGGUAUCAACAUCUUUCAAUAACUGAUUUGAUCCCGAAUAUUGGAGAAGUUUUAUGGUAUAUUCUUCUCCAAAUCCAACUCGACGAGCAGGGGCAAAUUGUCAACGAAACGAAAAUCUUUGGUGCCAUCAAGUACAUCGCAAAGGUCAAUUAUGCUAAACGAUCAAAUCAGAAGCCUGACUCACAAAAGUUUGACUAUGUUAGGUACAUCUUGGGUGAACAUGUUCUCGAACUCGUUCAACGAUUCUCAGAGAAUGUACACCACAUGAAAGGCAUCAAGCCAUUUCUUGAAAAGGUCAGCUCUCUUAAUGCCAUUCAUUUUUUGAUUACUCGAAACAUUGAGGCUGCCGCUUCAGCUUUGGGGCAAAUUUCGACAUGCUUGCAGGCCUCGCUUGAGAAUUCCUCUCUUGAGGUGCCAGCUAUACAAUGUUGGAAUGUACUAGUACAAAAACUUGAUUCGGAAAGACUUGUUUCAUUGUUUGAUAUCACAAUCUCAUUGAUUUUCCAGAAAUUUGAUACUUUGCAACACAAAUCAAAACAGAUCGCAGUGAAAAUUCUUGAGAAGUUGUUUCUUGAGCUACGGGAUAGAUACAAGAAGUAUGCGCUAUACUACUUCUCUGUUCCAUUCAUCAAAAAUUUGGACAAAUACUUAAUUUUGGAUGCGACCUUCAUCAGUUUGAUGAAACCAAGAUCAAAAUUGAGUUACUUCCCUGAGUUCACAAGAAGACUUCAAACAAACAACAAGUAUGUUGUACAACAAGCUCUUGAUGAUCUACUCAAUUUCACCACGAAGUAUCAACUCAACUGUCAACGAGAUGACUUCAAAGAUUCUACAUGCGAGGAUGCAAUCUCUAUUUUAGUCAGAACACUUCUUGAUGUCUCAGUGCAAUUCAAGAACAAGAACCCUCUGAUUCCCAGCAAAUGCGCAAAAGUAUUAGCAAGCAUCGGUGCUUUGGACGCGAAUAGGUUCAAUUUCAAGACGAUCGAUUCAAGAAUUGUCAUACUUUACGAUUUUCAGGAUUAUAAAGAGAACGCGGAGUUUUUGAGUGAUUUUAUCCGAUCCCGAGUUAUCAAAAAUUUUUGGGCAUCAAACGAUCCGAUCAGACAAUUGUUCUCCGCCUACUCGAUGCAAAGAUUCUUGAAUGUGAUGGGUUUAGACACCUCUGUCUUGGAUUCCUCUAACCUGGGUAUUAGAGCGGAAGUUUGGAAUUCAUUUUCUGAAAUUGAUAAAUCAACUUUGACACCUUUGCUUUCAUCAAAAUAUUUUGCUCCAGAACCUCGGUAUGAGCCACUAGCAUUUCCAUACUUCAAGCUCGGUAUGAAACACGACAAAUGGCUCGUUGACUUUACCACGAAUCUUUUGAGAAGGCCACUUCACAAUAGCCUCAAGCAGCACGGAAAGAUGAUGUUGGCCAAGACUGUCAUUUUUCAAACCUGCUCAUUGCUCAUCAGGGAUGACGAAAUUUCCAUCGCUCAAUACUUGUUGAAGUACGUUGCAUUAAGUCACAUAGUCAAUGGCGAACAACAAGCGAGAAAAGAUAUUCUUGAUGAAAUCCUCACAAUACUCAAACUCGGUGUCGGUCAAAAUUUGACAACAGAAAGGAUGGAAGAACUCAAGGCAUGUUAUCAAGCUGUCUUCGAAAUCAUUGAUUAUUUCAAUGAAUGGGUUUCUUCUGCAACGCAUAAGUUAAGUGAUUCAACGCUUCCAAAGGCUGAUGCAUCCAUCCUAAAAAAGAGUCGUGAACAUGUCGAGAGCUUACUUAAUGAAAUUCCAAUGGAACUCAUAGCGCUCACAUCUUCUGAAUGUGAUUCCUAUGAGAGAACCAUUCUUUAUCUCGAAAAAUGUUCUCGAGAAGGCAAGGUCAAGACCAAUAAUCGGCUCGAUAACCUUAGCAUCACUUCAACUUUGCAAUCCGUUUACUCAAACAUUGACGAUUACGAUGCCUUAGACGGUGUGUUAAAGAAGUUCUCCACUAAUAACUUGGCAGAGAAGCUAGACACAUUUCAGUAUAAUGAAAAUUGGGCAAUUGCGCAAGAGUCAUUCGAGGUCCUCAGCACUAUCGGUGGUUAUGACGAUCGCAUUGAGUGUAAUACAAAGCUACUUAAGUCUUUGGCAAGUCACGGACUUUAUGACCAAGUGAUUCAGCGUUUGAACUCGAAGGUGAAGAGGAUCAGUCAACUUCCACCACCUUGGGGAAUGGUUGGUCUUGAAGCUGCAACUGCCAUUGCAAACACGGAAGAGAUGAAAAAGUGGCUGAAGCUCACCAGAAUUAUCGGAAGUGGCUCUGACGUGGAAGAUGUUUUCCAUUCAAAAUUUGCAUCAGCACUUCUUGCGUUGGAACGGGGUGAAAUCACUAGCUUUGAAUCAUCGAUCGAGGAGAUAUAUUCUUUAUUGGGCCAGUCGCUUUCGCUGUCUAGAUCGUCAUCGUUCUCAAGGAAUUCGACAUUCAUGUUGCAGCUUCACAUACUAUACGACACCUCAGCAAUUGUCCUUAAUAACGGUAGCCCUACCGACUCGAGUGCUGAACAGAUAUUAAAGGAACGGAUGAGCAAUACUGACUUAUCCUUCGAUAGCCAGUGGACUGUUCUAUCUAUGAGGAAAGCAGUGACGGUCGUGACUGGAAACUUGGACAAAGUGUCAGACAUCCUAUUGGAUUGCUCUCGGAUUGCCCGUCGAAGUGAUAGGUUAGACCUUGCCACCAAGUGUAUCAUGAACGCAAUGACUCUUGAUGAUAGUGAGGCGAAUAUUGAAUAUGCGAACCUUUUAUGGGAUCAGGGCAAACAAACCGAGGCUAUCAAAACGUUGUCGGAUAACCUUGCCUUUCAAAAGUCACAAAAACCAGAGAGACAAGCAAGAAAUCAGUUGCAAUAUGCAAUUUGGCUCGACGAAUCGAGUCACUCCUCGUCAUCAAAGAUCAUUGCCGAGUAUUCCAAGGCCUACAAGUUAGAUCCUUCGUGGGAAAAGCCCUACUAUGACCUUGGAAGAUAUCAUAGUAAGUUGAUGGAAUCCCAAAAUGACACUUCCGGGUAUUUCGAACAACAAAUCAUCAGAUACUUUUUGAAAGCAUUGGCAUUGGGCCCUUCCUACAUCUUUGAAGCCCUUCCCAAGUUCAUUACAGUCUGGCUUGAUUUUGCUCAACGAACCAAUAAGGCUAGAGAUGCCGAGAGAAAACUCAACCAAAUUGUUCAUGACAUCAACACCUAUAAAAAUACGAUUCCAAUUUAUGUGUGGUAUACAUCCAUCACACAAAUACUUUCGAGAAUCACUCAUCAGCAUCAGCCAAGUGUCGACCUCAUGCAAAGUAUCAUUGAGUCUUUGAUCGCAGCAUAUCCAAAACACAGUUUAUGGUAUGUAUUGUCGCAUGUUAAAUCGAAAGAUGCUGUAAGACGGCAGCGUGUUUUGAAGGUUCUCAACACUUCAAAAGCGACCAAGCUGCUAGCCGAAACUAUUGUGAGUGCAAAAAGUUUGUUUGAAACAUUGGAAAGUGUCGCUGCCAAAAAAGUUAAGAAAUCCCAGAAGAAGCGGUGGCUCUUGACGGAAGAUUUUGGAGUAACUGAUUUACAUAAAAAGUAUGACUCGUUAGUCAUUCCUGUUAAAACCAAUUUGGAGAUCAAGCUUCCGGCAACACGUCAUACAAGCAAACCAGGAUCUGCAUUCCCAAAGUCAUCCUCAAUUACGUUUGAUGGUUUUGAUGAAGAGGUCAACAUCUUUCACUCUUUACAAAUGCCCAAGCAGAUUACAAUAAGAGGUACGGAUUAUAAAGCUUACAGACUCAUGUUGAAGAGGGACGAUACGCGCAAAGAUGCAAAGGUAUUUGAAUUCUCCAACAUGAUCAAUAGGCUUUUGUCGUUGAAUAACGUUGCCAGAAAAAGAAAUUUAGUGAUUGAGAACUAUUCGGUUAUACCCUUGGCCGAGGACAUGGGAGUUAUUGAAUUUGUUCAAGAUGUCCAAACGAUGAAAUCAGUUAUUCAUGAGCAGCAAAAGAAGCAUGGAAAAGUUCCUCACGAUCGAAAGAUAUUUAUGAAACUUGAUGAAGCACAGAAGCUUGUCAAAGCGAAUUAUGCGACAGACGAAAAUGCCAUGACCGCUUUAGUAGGCCUUUUUGAGAAGAUUUGUGAUGAAUUCCCUCCAGUGCUUCACCAGUGGUUUAUCGAUCAGUUUUCAGAUCCAGCUUUCUGGUACCUUGCUCGUAAGGCCUACACUAGAACAGCGGCUGUGAUGUCCAUUGUCGGAUACAUUAUUGGUUUGGGAGACCGUCACUGUGAGAAUCUUCUAUUUUUCAAAAGAAAUGGCGCUGCGCUUCAUAUCGAUUUUGACUGUCUCUUCGAAAAAGGUCUUACCCUACCCACUCCAGAGAUAGUGCCAUUUAGAUUGACUCAGAAUAUGGUUGAUGCGAUGGGAAUUACAGGAAUUGAAGGAACGUUCAGAAUCACUAGUGAAGUCACUGGACAAAUUUUGAGAGAGAACGAGGCUUCUUUGAUGAAUAUCCUUGAGACUUUGAUCUAUGACCCUUUGUUGGAUUGGAAGACUCAAGAAAACCCACAAGAUCACUUGAGAAAAGUGAGAAGAAAAAUUCGUGGUCUUCUUGACGAGAAGGAGGGGUUGCCCAUGAAUAUUCAUGGACAAGUUGACGUAUUGAUACAGGAAGCCACUUCGAAGGAGAACUUAGCUCAAAUGUAUGGUGGAUGGGCACCAUACGUUUGA